AUGGUUAAUCUAAAUCUCCCGAAUCGGACAGCGCCGAUGAGUUCUACGAUGUCUUCGUCUUAUGUUCCAAAUUAUCGUCAGUCUAGUAAUAUCAAUAAUUCUAACCAAUUGCAAAACCUUUUGAAAAAACAGGACCAACAGGCUCGUGUCAGCAACACAAAUAUUAGCUCUAAUUUUCACAUCAUUACUCAGUACAUUUUGCAGAGUUAUUUCAAAGUUGAUUUUGAUGGAUUACAAUCCUUGAAGGUUGUCGAUUUAAUUGUGGAUCAAACGUAUCCUGAUUCCAUAACGUUAAGGAAACUAAACGAAAACACUUCAAUAAAGCCUUACGAAUAUUUUAAUACCAUUUCCAGAGAUGAGGACAUAACGCGAUGCCCCAUUUUUGCCAUGGCAAUAUAUUUUGUGAUACGAUGGAGCCAUCCAAAUCCACCUAUAUCCAUCAGGACAUUCAAUGACAUUCCAUUAUUGGAUCCAAGCUUCAUAACAAACUCCAGUGCCAAUAUUCUUAGUAAUCUAGCGAACACAGCGACCACUAACUCAAGAUGUUCAAGGUCCAAAUAUUUCGAGCCACCUCCGGAUUUGAUAGGCCUCAUUUUUCCCUGGUUGUUCCCUCUGAAGCAGGAUUUAUUAUUGAUUGAUAGAACUAAUUACAAGUUAAAUUCCUUUAUUGAGCUGUUUGAAUUUUUUGCAACUACCAUAAUACAGGACCUGAGACAUCUUCAAAAUCAUCCCAUGCUACUGCCCAAUAUAGUGUCGUUUGUCACAAAAUUCAUCCCGGACCUUUUCAUCAAUGAAGAAUUCAAAUCUCGCACUGCGGCACCCGACAAUUUCAAGCUUAAUGAUAAUGACGAUAAUGACAUGUUUAAUGAUAAUGAUUCACGAUUCUUGGAGCUUUCCAGGAGAUUUACUACAGAGAAUAUCCGACUUAGCCAACAAAUAACGAAUUUGAGGUCAGACUUGAGCUCUGUUCAAUUGGUCUGUGAUCAAAUUUUGCAAAUGCAGAAACAACUUAUUUCUACCACCCAACAGACUUCUGCGCUCAAGGACUUUAAGCAGAAUCAAACGAUAGAUGGUAAUGGUGUUAUUAUUCUGGAUAGGAAUACCCUGAACUCUUCGAUGCUGAGCAGUUUGGUUCAGUCAAUUGAAAAUUCGCAACAGCAGCUCAAGCAACCAUCGAAUAAUUUUUCGGUGUCACAAGUACCGCAGCAACAACAACAGGUUCAACAGACUGAUGCAUCUUUUCUGGCACCUGUGAAUAUGUUUCCCUCGCUAAGCAAUCCCAUUUCAUCCAUGUUUACUUCCCAACAACAACAGCAGCAACAGCAACAAUUACAGAACCAAAGACUCGGCUUGCAUGUUCAGGAUCCCAUUUUAAAGAGAAAGUUACCUCUUCCAACUUCCGCCCCCCCAACAGGCACUGGACCUUUCUCACCUUCGCCGGGACCUGCGACUGUCAAUGCCAAUCCUGACUCUCCCUUCAACAAGAGAUUCAGGUUUGACGAAAAAGCGACGCCUUCACAGACUGCGCUGGACUCUCUAUUAUCAAAAUCAAUCGGUAGCCCAAAGUUUCCCAACGUUCCAGGCCCAGGAGCUGGCUCAAAUAAUGGAAUUCCCUCCAGAUUUUCAUCCAGAUUUGCAACACCCUCGACUUUUGCCAUACCAGGCUCCCCAUCCGAAGCUGCACAGGGUUUGCCAUUAAACUCAGUCGUAUCAUACCCGGGCCAAAGCUCCUUGCAAUCUCAACAAACGGGCCAGUCGGUAUCUGUGCCAAAUCGACCUAACGAAGAGCCAGCAAAAAAUAUUGAGUCAGAGCCUACUAGUCAAGCGAGCCAGGUUGCCGCAGCUUCAGGAGAAUCACCCAGUUCAGCUUCGAAGUCAAACCCUGGUUCUGAUCAGAGGAUGAGUGUCUCUAGGGAUGCCCAAAGUUCUGGAAGCAGCGAUGAUAAAUCACUCUCUCCUAAACUGUCAACCGAGAGGGAAAUCUCUACAUCAAAAAAGAGUUCACAGACAGGCGAGAAAUUGGGUCCAAACAGGCACAUAAAGUAUAAGCUUUCAAGGGAAAACAAAACAAUCUGGGAUCUUUAUACCGAAUGGUACAUUGGUUUAAAUGGUAAACCAUCCAUCAAAAAUUUGAUAGAAGACUAUGGAUGGAGACGCUGGAAAGUUAGUGACGAUUCUCACUUUUUCCCUACUAGAAGGAUCAUUAUAGAGUACAUCGAAAAUGAAUGCGACCGAGGAAUAAAACUUGGUAGAUUCACUAAUCCUGAUCAAUCAAGAGAGGAAAUAAGAAAGAUUUUGGUUGCAGACCUAGAGAAGUUCAGGAUCAACAACGCGCUGACAUUGAACUCUCUGUCAAUGUAUUUCAAAAACCUAACCAAGGAAAACAAAGAAAUAUGCAUUUUCGAUAACUUCGAGGACUGGACCCUCAGGGCAAUGACCGAAGAUGAAAAGGUCAAGUACUGCAAAAGGCAGCAUUUGAAGGAUAACCCCUCUGAAGGUGCUUCGGACAAGCCAAAAAUCGCCGUGUAA